CUAUAUCAAUUCGCAACUUGCGCUACUGACUGCCUACUCUCGUGCCGCCUGCAAGCCCACUCCGCCUUCCGCUCUGGUCUACGUACGCAUUAGUUCCGCAACACUCGUCAAUUCUAGUCCUGAUCGCGUUUUUUGACCCCUCCACCCGCAUUCCUCCCAGUGUUCACCCUGAGCGAUGGUCCUAUGCUAUACUUCGAAGGCCACAGUCGGUGCUAGAGGAUAGACUGCCAGAAUGCCAGUGGCUGCAUGCCGAUGUGUGAACCUUUCCCAGGAAGCGCACUGCCCGCUGUUGCAGUGUCUUCCAGGGCUGCGCACCGUCAUGGCGACACCUAUUGCUCAGCUGCACCCAUCUAUCUGCUGUGGUGGCUUGAGGGUGUGUGAAGCCGUGAAGAAGUGAUGCUGGCCAGACAGGACGAUACGGUACACGCUCUCAUGGAGGGGUUACACUGGAGGUGACAUGUAAGGUGAUAUGUACUCUUUUGUGUAGACCAGACCGCAUUUCCAAGGCCCCACCGCUCCAUUCACAGUGCGUGUCCGUGUCUCUGCACUCAUUCAUGAUACAGCAUGGCGCAACGCUGUGACCUCACAGGCAGUCUUGACUGGGCAACAGUCACACGUGGCAUGCGUGGCGGUCGGGCAGGCUCGGGGCAAGCACGAAGGCCGCGAACAGGGCCGAUAAGACGGACAAGGGUGGCCCUUUACUGGCGGUGUGUGGAUGAAUAUGAAAGUGCUGCGAGAUUUUGCGGACUGCAGUGCGUUCACGCGCGCCUGCGUUUAGGGCACCAGUAAGUAACGGAAGGCCGGAACGGACGUGCACACCUAUGCGGGAAGAUGAAACGGCAUGGCAAGUACCGUAUGAAGUAUCAGAAUAUCCCCAGCCUCGGUCCUCCCCCGCCCCAACACGGAGGUCCGUACGCCAUGUACCUCUCAUGCAGGUAGCUCGAAUCGUCCCAAUCUUCCAUCCGGGCUGCACGUGCAGCCCACAUGAGUGCAGCUCCCGCCCCCCGCCAACAGAUGUCGCACCUGUUACCUUGAUUUAUGGCGUUCCCACCAGGCCACAAUGGAUCGCGCCCAUAGAGGAUGAGCAGACUAUUUCAUGGCCUGGCAGCGGCAGUGUGGGCCCGGAUCUGUGUUGGAGCCCGGUACGCAUUCGCCUAAAGCGCGCUCCAGCCCCAGCCCACCGACUGGUAGGCGUGCUGGUAGGUCGGCGCGGGCGCGGGACAUACUUCCAUUCACAAUCGUCGUCUGGGCUGGUCGUAACUAGUUCCUCGGGACACAGCUUUAUAAUCUGACUUGCCUACCCUGAAGCCGUGUCACGUCGCCCUGACCAGGGGAGGUAGGAAGGAACGCAGGGGGACGUAGGAGUUCCUACACGG